AUGGCCGGAACAGAUACCUCAAAGGUAGAAGCCGAUAGUCGCAUUAAAGACUGCAAGAUCGCGCAGCUCGCCUUAAGAAUAGAAGGCACAAGCAUAUCCCCUCGUCACUUCAAAGCUCUAGACCCAGAUUCCUGGGGCCAACCUGCUACUAAAUCCUCAUCUGCAAUAGCGCUUACUACCUAUGCCGUCAAAAUUCUAACAGAUUGGGAGGAAUACAAAGAGCAUGGCGAAGAUCUAUUUUUGCUUUUCAAGGAAGAAUUUGCAGACUGGAUAUCGGAAAUAUUCAGCAAAAUUAAAAUUCUAGUCUAUACUGGCAAGAAGGCAACAACAAUUGGCAUUGCAAUGACGAAUUUACUGAAUGCCGAGGAACUUCCAGAAUGGCCUCAAGUGGCCGAAGAAAAUGUAUCUGAUCAAUCACAGUUACUACUACAGCCUGCCGUUAUGUGA